AACUAAUGGCAACUAGUUGUAGAACAGUAGUGAUCUGUGGGUGAAGACUUUAAUAAAAGCAGGGUUAUCGGAGUAUUUUAGUAUGAGUGACUGGAGUCCCGUGGCGAAGGUCUAUGACCCUCUGAAAGCUGGGAGCAUCGAUGGCACAGACGUCGAGCCGCAUGACCGCGCGGUUUGGAGGGCCAUGGUGGCCCGCUAUGUCCCCAACAAAGGAGUGGUCGGAGAUCCCCACCUGACGCUAUUCGUGGCUCGACUCAGCCAGCAAACCACAGAGGAGAAGCUGCGCGAGGUUUUCUCCAAAUACGGGGACAUCCGCCGGCUGCGUCUUGUGCGGGACGUUGUUACGGGGUUUUCCAAAGGGUAUGCCUUCGUCGAGUACAAGGAGGAGCGUUCCGUGGUUAGGGCCAGGCGGGACGCUAACAAGCUGGUGGUCGACCAGCACGAACUGUUUGUGGACUUUGAGCAGGAGCGGACUCUGAAGGGGUGGAUACCACGUCGCCUUGGUGGCGGUCAGGGAGGGAAGAAGGAAUCGGGCCAGCUGAGGUUUGGUGGAAGGGACAGGCCUUUCCGGAAACCCCUCAACCUGCCCCCCAUGGCUGGUGACUGGGGGCAGCCGCAGGAAUGGCCAGGCGACCGACGUUGGGAGAGAAGCGGAGAGAGAUGUAGAGACAGAGAAUUGUCCCCGGGCAGGGACAGAGACCAAGAAAGGGUGAGAGAAAGACGAGAUGAACGCAAGCGAGGAAGAGAACGGGAUGACAGGGAACGGCACAAAGAGAGGAAAGAGAGCAACCGUGACAGAGACAGAAGUAAUGAGAGGGAACUGAGGAGAGAGAAGGAUGAAAGCAGACACAGAGACAGGGACAGACACAAAGAGAGGAGGUAAACUGUGUAGUGUCAUUUUGUGCACCAAAAUAUGGGUCAUUCCAUUAACUGUAACAACACAGGGCGAGAGAAAUGGUCAAAAAUGAAAACUUUGAUAAGAAUCUUAUUUUUAGGUAGGGACAUUAAGAGUUGUAGGCAGAGUCGUCCAUUUUGAGUGAUCUAUGAAUUGUAGACUAUUCAUGAACAUGAAUCCAGCUGUCAGAAUUGCAUCUAAGGUUUUGGAGAGGCAUCUUUGCUUUAAAGCAUGAGUCUAUGAGGGAAUUGAUUGUUUACUUUGCCCAUGAUGGACUGAUUUUUGUCUCCUUUGCUGUUUA